UUACAACCCUGACCUGCUAGACAGUAUGAAUAAAGCUGGCACAACAGGUAAAUUCUUAGAUAACUCCAAAGCACUCUCAGACGCUGAGUUUGACGCCUACGUCGCAAAGGUGAAAGCAGCAGCCUCCGAGUUACCCGACGGUAAUCUCAAGCACUUCGACUGGGACACGCCUGCCAAAAAAGUAACAUUCACGCAGAGGAUAAAAAGUGGUUGGUCAUCUUUCCGAAACUUUAACCUGUUUAACUGGAGGGGACGUCAAGUGAAGAUAAGCAGUGUUCUUACCAUGGGAGCUAUUGGCGGUUCCUUGAACGUCGCGCUCUGUUUGUACAUGACCAUUUCGUCAACCCAAAGUGUAGAGGAAAGAAUCAAAACCAUUGACAGUAGCCUCGACGAAUCCAAGGUGAGCGUGGAAGAGAAACAGGUAGAGCUAGAUGCUCUUCUUGUAGAGGAGAAAGACCUCUAUACAAAAGUCAAGAACAACACCGUCACCUUGUACAAUCUCUUUAGUACCGUCGAUAGCACCAUUGCAGACGACCCGAGUUGCCAGGACACUUUGUGCACAUUCCUCCGUGACGCUGCCCAAAUCCAGGUUAUCUCCGACUUCCUUGCUACGUGGAAUAAUGACACGGUCACCUCGAGUACAAUUCUGGUUAGUCAAUUGGCUUUCAUGGCAGCUCUUGCCGAAUCGAAGACGGAAAUGCUUGACAUAUACAACUCUGCCACAGUCACCACCAACGUCAUGAAUUGGGUGACCGACGGUUUGACACUAGACAGGAUGCUGGAGAAUGCAGCCUCGCUGAAUCUCAAUGCCCGUCUUCCCGACCAUUUCUCCGUCCUGAACAUCAUCAAGGUGGCUUUCCCGUCGCGCACUUCCUACGACGGAGUUCCAUUAAGUUGUAUUGGCACUUCCAUCACAACACAGACAGAGCUUGAAGCGUUCUUGGCUCACGCCGCUCCUAUAACUGGAGAUGUUGUUGAUGACAUCAAGACUGGAAAACUUUUUGGCGUUUCCCCAGCUGUUAUCGUCGGGAUGAUACAAAACAAAGUGGGUUCCGGUGAUCUCCCUGCAAACCCAUGCAAUGGCCAAGCCUGUACCAGCGAAGAUGUGUUGAAGGUGAUUGCCGCAGAGUAUCCCAACGAAACAGAAUAUAAUGGCAUAGCUUUGGCACCAUACAGAAGCACUGCCACUUGUUAACGAUCCUUGUUGCCUGUUCCAAUUAAGCCCCAAAAGAAAACGUAUAUGUCAUUCAUUAUGAUUCAUAUUAUCCAUUUGUUUCACUUAGUUUGGAUAACAAUAGAAAUAGCUUAAAGUGACAAAUUGUGAGAUUUUAAACAUACACUUUACGUUCAAUGAAAAGUACAUAAAGUGCGUCCUGGUAAGCUUUUCUGAAGACAAUUAAGCAAUAGUUUUUGAUCAUACUUUAACAGAGUUGGCACUGAUUAAUGUCACAAAGAAUUAUCAAAUUAACCACCUGCUGACGAACCCUGAAUACAUUCUCCAUUAAAUAAGUUUAGUGCUAUGUGCUGUUGUCUUUAAAUGAUCACAUGACAGCUGUAAACCGUUUCAAUUAGUUUUCUUAAAUUCCAUACAUCAUUU